UGCAACAAAGAACAAACACACUGCCACUACUGUCAGUCUUUUCCAGUAUCUACUACGAAGAAGAUUAUUUGCCAUGCAGGACGAUUCGUCAAACAGUGAAUCAACUUUUGAGUUUGUAGACUCAAAAAAUGGCACAAAGGCCCAAUCUGCUAAACAGCAAAAAUCCACUGAUGCAGAUACAGAAAAGAACGUCCUAUCUGCAGUAGAGCCACCUUCAGCGUUGCCCAGUUUUGUGCCUCCGGUGGUUUUGUCUGAGCCUUCGGCCUCUUCACCUCUUGCCUUCCAUCCGACCACCUUCAGCCCAGUAAUCCCAGCAGAGAAAGGUUUACCGGUGAGUAGCCCCAGUGCAGAUUCUGCGGCUGAAGCUUCCCCCUCCACUGACACUUCCACAGGGCUGCUGGGCUGGGUGAGAGGCUACAAUCCUGGUCAACUACUCAACAAGGUAGCAGAGAAGGCAAAAAGCUCAGUAGACACAGUCAUCACUACCCUGGACCCCCAAAUGAGAGAUCUUGGCCUACUUUCAUCUGGAAAAGGUGAUUUUGAAGUGAUCGUCGCAUCAGACAAAGAGGUUAAAAUCAGUCCAGUGAGAGAAGCUUUCCAAAGCAUAUUUGGCAGCAGGGUUGCAGUGAAAGGUCUUGCAGCUGACGCAAGGGGUCUAGCCUCGCAGCCUGUCGGAUUCGAGGCUGGGCUUCGAGGAGCUUGGUUGAGGGUUGAGGCUAUUCGUGCACUUUACCCCGAGGGUCCCAUAGUGGCUGUUGAAAACUUCCUUGUACAGAUAGCUCCAGAAAGAUGGUUCGACGUUGGCGCUCUAGUGCUCAGUGAUAUAGGGCGAGGUGUUGCUCUGGAGAGCUUUACACAGAUGACACCCGUUCCUACAGCCAUCGUCACUAUGGCUCAAGAAGAAACCUCGGAGGAUGAACAGAAGACUUCAAUGGGGUUCAAGAUACCAAUUGGUAGCCUCAUGGCAAGCAAUCUUCAUGUACAUCCAUCAGAGUGGCACCAGGCCAUGACAGGCGUUUCUCGUAGAGAGAUGAUUCUGCUGGCAGCUCGCUCGCUCGUCAACAUCUACAAGAACAGCCUGCUCUAACACGUCUGAACACGCCUGUGCUCGCACAUCUGUAUAUACCUGUACUUUUUGUAAUCAUAGUGGACAACCUGUUGUAGAUAAUGUGAAAUGAUUAUACAUGUUUUUUAACUAAAA